CAAUGCAGACCGGAAGUGGCUGCGGUGCGACAUCCUGUUGGCGUAUCUGGGGUGAAAGUGGGUGAAAGGUGAAGAAGAAGACGACCUGCUGCAUUUCCAGAUACCUGCUGCUUUACCUGUGACCUGCUCCUCACCUGAGAGUCUCCAUGAUGCUGCAGAACACGGGGAAACUAGCCGGCCGCACGCUCUUCAUCACCGGGGCGAGUAGAGGCAUCGGUAAAGCCAUCGCUCUGAAAGCUGCCAGGGAUGGAGCCAAUGUGGUGAUCGCUGCCAAGACGUCUGAACCCCACCCCAAACUACCAGGAACCAUCUACACCGCAGCUCAGGAGGUGGAGGCGGCGGGUGGCAGAGCGUUGCCGUGUGUUGUGGACAUCAGAGACGAGCAGCAGAUCGGAGAAGCUGUCCAGAAAGCCGUCGACACGUUUGGAGGUAUCGACAUCCUGGUGAAUAACGCCAGCGCCAUUAGUCUGACAGGAACCCUGGCGACACCGAUGAAAAAGGUGGACCUGAUGCUGGGAAUCAACCUGAGAGGAACAUACCUGACGUCCAAGCUGGUCAUCCCUCACCUGCUGAAGAGCCGCAGUCCUCACAUCCUGAACCUGUCGCCUCCGCUCAACCUCAACCCCGUCUGGUUCAAGAACCACACAGCGUACACCAUGGCUAAGUAUGGCAUGUCCAUGUGCGUCCUGGGAAUGGCUGAGGAGUUCAGAGAUCAGAUUGCUGUCAACGCCCUCUGGCCCAAAACCGCGAUCCAGACGGCGGCCAUGGACAUGUUGGGCGGGUCAGGCAUCGAGAAACAGUGUCGUACAGCUGACAUCAUUGCGGACGCCGCCUAUGUCAUCCUGUCCCAGCCGACGGACUACACGGGUCACUUCCUGGUGGACGAGGAUGUCCUUAAACAGCAGGGAGUCAGGGACUUCGAUCAGUAUGCCGUCCAACCAGGUCACCCGCUUCUGCCGGAUUUCUUCCUGGAUGAAGCACCAGAUGUGCUGGCUCAGCAGAUGGCGCAACACGGGGCAACGCCGGCCUUUAAACCACCAUCAUCAUCCUCUGCCACGCCCGCCUCCGGUGGACCAAUAGGAAGUACAUUUGACACCAUCAAAGGAGUCAUCAACGAAGACGUCGUCAAGGCAACACAGGCCAUCUAUCAGUUUGACCUGUCAGGCGAACACAGCGGCGUUUGGUUCCUGGAUUUGAAGAGUGGCUCUGGCAGCGUGGGGCAGGGCCAGCCGCCCAUCAAACCCGACGUUGUCAUGACGAUGGACUCCAGCGACUUCAACAAGAUGUUUUCAGGGAAGCUGAAGCCCACGAUGGCCUUCAUGUCGGGGAAGCUGCGGGUCAAAGGUGACAUGUCGCUCGCCAUCAAACUGGACAAACUGAUGGGUCGCAUGAACAAGGCCAAGCUGUGAGGCUGAAGCUCCACCCCCCGGCUACCUGUCCAUGUUCACACUGCCUUAACCAGAGCAACACGCUGAGAUGUGAAUAAAACUGUGGUGGUGACAGAGUGUGGAGUUGAUGUUUUUAAUUGUGUGUGUUUCUGAACCAGGUAACGUUAAUGCACCGGUUCAUACAUCAGAGCGCAGAAAUGCUGCUGCUUGGUGGAAAAAGAUUCUAAAAGAGUUUAGAUGUCAGAUGAUUGAUCAGAAUCCUAAUGACCUCUGAUACAAUAGAUUAGUCCAGCAGGAGGAAAGAUGACGGCGUCUAGAGUUCCACUGUAGAAACACUGAGAGAUCUAGAACCAGACAGCCUGCAAAAAUGUGAUUUCCACUGAAUUUUUAUCUCAACAGCAGCUUUUUUUUUUGGCUGGAAAUGACAUAAGUGACACAUUUUGUUAGAGAUAUUCAGGAUGAAUUUUAACUUUGUUUUGCUUUCACACAGAAUUAAUCUGUAGCGUUAACAAAUUAAAUCCUGAAAAAAUCUGAAUAAAAAUGAAUCCUGGAA